AUGGCUUUAGAACAACCUUCUAAUAUUAAACCCUGCCAAAUGAAAAAAACGGGAAAAUUCAACUUAAAUAUAUUACUACAUUCAUCAUUAAAAGAUCACGAUGAAACGUGUAACCCCUUUGGUAGUGGCUUUAAGAUCUUCCUGCACAACCCGGCUGACCUGCCUCACUCGUCCGUUCACUCGUACGCCGCACUGCCCCGCCAGCUGUCCAGCCUGGCGCUCACCUUCCACUCGACCACAACCUCGCACAACCUCCGGAAGUACCACCCUGAAGUACGUCAGUGCUACUUCCAAAGCGAGCGAUUUUUGAGGUACUUCCACAUUUACACACAAAACAACUGCAUGCUGGAGUGUCGCGCCAACUACACCUUCCACCGCUGCGAGUGUGUGCCGUUCUACCUGCCGUAUAAAAACAGCGACAACGUAUGUACUGAGUACGAUUCAGAUUGCAUCACGAUAGCAAUACAAGAGCUAGGAGAGAGAGAGAUGCGAGCUAGCCUCGGCCUCGAGAAGGAGGCGUGCCGCUGCCUGCCCGCCUGCAACAGUGUCACCUACGAGGCGGAAAUACUCAAGACUGAGUACAACUUCAAGAACUACAUCAAAAACUUGUACAAACUAAUCAAUGUGACGUACCUCGAAGGAAACGAUAGCGUAGAGUACUCAGUCAUAGAGGUGUACUACAAGCAGGAGCGGUUCCCGUCGAUCCGGCGCUCGGAGCUUUUCGGCGUGACGGACGUGGUGGCCAACUGCGGCGGGCUGCUCGGCCUCUUCCUCGGCUUCUCCUUCCUCAGCCUCGUCGAGAUCGUUUACUUCACCACUUUGAGGUUAUUCUGCCAGAUUCGUAGAAGAAAACAGCUGAAGCAAGAAAAGUAAUGAAAGCUUGUUAUACUUAUUACAUGGCACUUUGUCAAACUGUUCUAGGCUAUUGCAUCACCUGCUGGGGUGGUUCAUCCAAAACGUACAUGUUGGCUAUAGAAAGAGCACAGCGAUCAAUUCUUAAAGUUAUGAAGAACAAGACCAAAAGAUAUCCCACCUCUCAAGUAUAUACUGAAUGCCACCUUCUAACCGUCAGACAAUUGUUCAUAUUUCGUACAUCCUAACAGACUCACCGUGAUACAAUUCCCGUUCAUGCCACAAAUACAUGCUUUGCACAAAGAUUCCCUGAGUUUCACCGACCACACAUUUACAACAUAGCAACGAAAGUCUGCAAAGUUAAAGAUGCAACUAUAAAAGAAGCCAAACUUCAAUUAAAAAUAUGGCUUACCAAGUUAAAAAAAGAAGAAACUAUAACUAAAAAUAUAUAAUUUUUAGUCUUUGAUAAUGUUAAAGCCACUAAAUUUCAGUUGUAUGGCUGUAUGUAUUGCCACUUGCCGAGAAUCUUUGAACACUUUCUGUCUAAUCUGCCUACUGUCCCCAGGAUACGGGUUUUACCUAGUGUAGGGGACACCGAUAAUAUUUACCUGUUAAUAGAACAAGCUGUUUCAUAAUUAUAUUAUAAAAAACACUGUGGAGACUAAAAUUGUUGUGGUCUCUGACGCCAAAAGUGCUUUACAACACUUGGCUCGCUGUACCUCGAACUAUCGAGGAACAACGAUAGCUUAUAGUACCUUGGCAGCUCUUUUGGAGUUAGAAAGUAUGGGCAAAUAUAUUACAUUUCAAUAGGUCCCAUCUCACGUUGGUGUUUAAUGCAAUGAAGUGGUGAAUAAAUUAGCUGGUGAGGCCUCAAUGGAUGGUGAAGUUCUCGAUUGCCUUCCUAUCUUUACUGAUAUGUUCCCUAUCAUUAGAACAGCAGGUUACUCUUAAUGGAAAAAAAUACUUUGAUAAGCGCUCAUUUGAGAAAGGAGUUACGUAAAAAACCAUUCAGCAGUCCUCUUAGCAGUCCCUGGUUCGGGAGAAGCGUACAUUCUGGAACAGAUAUUGUGAUAUCUCUGCGACUCAUGAAACUCUCUUUGGCAUGAAAUCUAGAAGAUAAAGGCUGAUUUAGACAGAGUCAGUAACUGGCGCCGAAAUCGAGACAAGUCUGUGCUGACCUGAAAAAAACCCGUGUAUAUUGAUUUCAAGUCAGUAAAGUACUAAAGUAGCGGCAAGUCAGCGCUGACUUGUGAAUUCCCAUAUAUAUUUAUUUUGAAGAACACACAGACAGCUGUAAGCCCUAUUUUAAGAAAUUCAAAAUUUUAACUUUGCCAUGUCUUUAUAUUUACGAAGUAGGUGUAUUUGUAAAAUCAAAUCCAAAGCUCUUCUUGAAGGCAUCAGAAGUACAUCACUGCAGUCGGAUACGUUCGCUACAUAGGAACAGGCUAUGCACUCAAACCUCAAAGACAGCCUUAAUGAAUAAAAGUGUUUUUUGCAUGUCACCGCUUAUCUACAAUAAAAUACCAAAUUGUAUUAGAGACCUAGACAUAAAAAUAUUUAAGAAAAGAUUAUGUGAAUUAUUAAUAGCUAAGUGCUAUUACACAAUAACCGACUUUUUUGACGACAGAACACUAUAAUAAAUGACAUUUCUAACAUAAUUAAUAUUAUCUUGUAUGUAUUUGUAUACCUACCUGACUAAUUUAAAUUUCAAUGUACUUAUAAAAUAUGUAAUUAAUUGAUUUGUGUAUUUGCAUGCAUUUUUGUUAUUUAGCAUGAGCCAUUGAGCAAUUCAAUAUGUUCGUAUGCUUAAUGAAUAAGCAGUACAUGGAAUGUACCUACUGAUAAUUGUAUUAGAUCUGAAUUUACCUGUGUACACGAAUAAACGAUUUGAGUUUGAGUUUGAAGGCAGUUGGGUCAUCGUUACAAUUAUAUACGAUUACAAUUCGUUACACCGCCACUGCUCUUUUAGCUUAAUUUAACAUAUUGUUUGUAAAAUAACUUUAUUCUGCUCCUGCGAGGGCUACUUGCAUUGUCCUCUAAAAUAAAUAAAUAAGAUAACAAAUAGAAUAACUUGUAAUAGGUACUUGCUUAUAGAAUAAUUCUGUUUAAGCACCUAACUUUUAUGCUAAUUAAUUUAACUCACUGAAUAAAAAGU